AUGGAUUUGGGGAAGGAGGAGGAGGGGCAAAUCAAAGGCAACCCCCCACACGUUAAAUCUGGAAGAAUGAUGGCGCAGUGGAUCACAACAUGGGAAUUGCUUCAAAUCGUGGUAAAUUUGUUCCAGCUGGGUGCCACAGGAGGCCAGGAAAUACCUUUCUACUACAUCCUAGAAGCUGAGUGUAUGUUCUACACUGCCUGGAUAGGAUGAGCCUCUGGCAGUUCCAUUUAUCCAGAGGCAAAAGGAUGCCUGCAACUGGAGACUCUUUUGGCUUCCAACAAAGAACCUAUAUUGCCUAAGGAAACAAUGUUUCCUCUCGCAAGGUAUAAUCUUGGCUCCUCUGCUAUGAAGAGGGCUGUUCCUGGAAAUGUGCUCCAGAGACCUUCCUAUUUAAGCAGGAUGCAAAUUGCAUUGUUGCGUAAUUCCCCUGCUGAGGCCCUGUGA